AUGGAGCGGAGAGUGGAGAGGGAGGCAUGGCACCACACAACUGGGAUGAAAUUCGUCCGAGGUGGCACGUCAGCAGCACUCGCCCACGUGCACUCGGUCCGGCCGGCUCACGUGCGAAGGCCCGUUUUGCCCCUCGCCGAGCUUCACGUCGCCGACCUUCUUUCCUUUCAGCGACCACAGCGGGCCUCGGCGCCGGCGCGGCCCACCUUCGCAGAGAUUUGCAAGGCGAUUCCCGAGAAGUGGAAGGCCGUCGACGAGGCGCAGAAGGCUUUUUACGAGCAGAAGGCGAAGAUUGCUAAGGAGCAACUGGCCUUGGAGCCCGCCGAAGCAGAAGUCCCCAAGGCGAAGAAAGCGGAUGCCAAAAAGGCCCCUGGAAAGAAAGGCAAAGGAAAGGGAAAAGGCAAGCAGAAGGCAGAGGAUCCGGUGAUGACCAAAGCCGAGUUCUUCCGUGACUGUCCAGUCCUCCGUUGUGCCCUUCAGAUCCCCUCGGGUUCUGCACAGGCUUCGGAAGCCUUGGCGCCGCCCAUGGACCUGGUGGCCAGGACCUUCAAGUCUGGAGGCGUGGGUAUGUUCUCUUCCGUGAAGUUCGAUUUGCCGGUGGGGCCGCAGCAGGUGACAGUAACGGCGCAGGUGGUGAUGAACGUUUCCGGAUCCAAGUACUGGGAAGACGGUGAAGGCUACGAGGCCGCCCUGAAGUCUCUCGAAAGCAGAGCCCAGGAGGUUUCUGUUGCCCUUCGGCUCUACAACACCGUAGAGCACCCCUUCGUCUCGAAGGCCGCCAGCAUCCCCUGGCGCACUUUCGCGGGCCAAAAGCGCGCCUGGAGCUGGAGCCGCCAGCAUCCCCUGGCGCACUUUCGCGGGCCAAAAGCGCGCCUGGAGCUGGAGAUUCCAGCUUUUCGCAUGCCUGGCGCAAAGGUUUCUGUUGCCCUUUGGCUCAAUAACGCCGUAGAGCAUCCCUUCGUUUCGAAGGCCGCCAGCAUUCUUUGGCGCACUUUCGUGGGCCAAAAGAUUCUUAGACUAUGGGUAAAACGUAGCACCCAUGGAAUUUGUUGA